CGAAUGAAAAGCCUAGUUCUUUUCAGAACUCUUGCACGGGUAUUCAGGAGUUUGUUACAUCUGAAGCUUAUGGCAAGGAAAUCCCAGAAACGUCGACGAAGGCGAAGAUGGUGUAAAUUCUAAUACCGUUGCAAAUCCAGAUGAAGAACUCGCGACAUUUGGUCGCUUAGAUUGGACAAAGUCUUUGGCUAAUCUUCCAUCUUUUACGCACGAAAAGCUUGAGCAUAAGCUAGUUGAAAGUAGAAGAGGAAAAUCCGAUAAUUAUGCGCCUAACGCUUUUAGAAAUAUGAAGAAAGGUUACGGUCUCUGGCGAGAAGGAUAUGUAAAGAAUACAAUGGUAAAAGCUAAUGUUCCUACUUCAAAUGGGGAGGUUGUAUUUGUUGUAAAGGCGCGUGUUGGUGCAUCUAUGAAAAGUGUGAGCUACUCUGUAUUUGUUCAUUUAAAUCAGAGAACUGCUGAAGUGGAGUAUAAUAUUUGUAACUGUAAAGCAGUACAAGGUGGAUGCUGCAAACAUGUCGCAGCGUUACUUUACACAGUGUUAGACGUUGUGAACCUUAAGCUUUCUGCUGUUCAUGCCGAACUUAAGUGUACUCAGCUACCUCAAAAAUGGAAUGUACCACCUGGCAAUUCUAAAACUCUUGAGAAAGCUGUAAAAUUUGAACACUUGCUUUUUGAAAAGGCUGAUGUAAAUAAAACCAAUAAACAACAUUCUGUAAGAGGUGUUAGAGAGAACUACUGCUCGACCCCACCAUAUGCACAACAACUUGAAAUCAAGCGCCAAUGAUAACAUGAAAGCACAUUGCUUUUCUAACCAAGUGAAUCUCCUUGAUGCAAAUGAGCAACCGUUCAUAAAGCCAUAUUAUUGCUAUUAUUAUAAAAUGUACUUUUGCCACCAUGUGUGAUGCAGAUUUCGUGUGACGAUAUGUCUUACUUAAGAGAUCUUCAGGAAUUUUUGUGGCGUUUUAGGCCCCGUUUACACAUUAUACCGGGUUGCUAUCGCAGCAGGUUGAAUAUUCUUUGUAUUAAAAGAAACAAUUUCACUUCUGAAUGGAUAAAUAUGAUCUAAUAUCUUUAAUCUUAUUGGU